GUUCGGGGGGAAACCGCGUACCGUUCAGGUCAGAUUUUACACAACGGAACGAAUUUAGGGAGGUAACUCUCUAAUUAAAUCACACGCCACCACCACCCAUUCAUUUUCUUCAUCUUAAUUCUCUAGAAAAGAAAGAAGAAAGGAAGGAUAAGGAACCUUCCCAGUCCCAGCAUCCAAACAACAAUCUCCUACCAAAGAAGGUGAUCGUACCCUUUCCAUCAAGGGUAAAGAAGAAGAAUGAUGAUCACGCUUUCAAGAAGUUUCUAGACAUCAUGGGCCAAGUAGAAGUCAAGUUGCCCUUGAUUGAUGUCUUAACUGAGAUGCCGAAGUAUGCCAAGUUCAUCAAAGAUUUGGUUAUGCAUAAAAAGGACUGGGAAGGGGUUUCAAUGAUCAAUCUGAAUGCGAGCUGCUCCGCAUUGCUACUCCAACAAUUACCUGAGAAGUGCAAGGAUCCAGAAGANGGCCUAUAUACUCAGGAGGAGAUCUCACAUUCAUCCUUUGCUGACCUUCCCAUUACUGUUCCUGAGGACUUUGACGUCCAGGCUUUUUGGACUGCACAUGCACGCACUGAUGCUCCUUUCGAGCAUCAGCUUAGUCGAGCUUCUGACUGGGCCGAGCCUUCCUGGAGGCUUCUCACAUUCCUGAUGUCCAUGAGCUACUUUGGGAGACCCAGUAACAGCAACCGGGUAUAUUCUUCUGACAUGCUCUUCUUCUGGAGCAUAGCACAUCAGCGACAGGUUAAUUUGGCUGUUUUCAUCGCCCGAUUCUUGUGGUCUCAGACAUAUGGUACACGUAUCACGGUGGUUUGCGGCCCGUUGAUCACACUUCUUCACAGGUCCUUACAGGAGCAGAUGCCUAUACCUGACCUCUUACCUCUUGAGCAUAGUGUUCGACUUUUGGACAGCACCAUGAUACAGCACAUUAGACUUCAGAGAGGAAUUGGAGAAGGUCAAUCCACUUCUAGGCCACCACUCUUUGAUGGCACCAACUAUUCCUAUUGGAAGGAACGGAUGAGAAUCUAUAUCCGUUCCACCAACUUCCAAUUAUGGUUGGUCAUCAAAAACAGAGAGGAAAUCCCAAUGAAGAAAGUAGGAGAAACCACGGUUCCAAAAACCGAGGACGAGUUUGAUGCUGAGGACAUCAAGAAGGUUGAAAACUAUGCAAAAGCUAUCAACAUGCUUUACUGUGCGGUUAACCCUGAUGACUACCGGAAAAUCUCUUGCUGCACAUCCGCCAAGGAGAUGUGGGACAAGCUUGAAGUGACGUACAAAGAUACCGAUCAAGUUCGUGAAGCCAAGAUCGAUUUUCUCACCCAAGAGUACGAAAUGUUCCGAAUGAAAGAAGGUGAGAAAAUCGAUGACAUGUUCGACCGGUUCUCAAAGAUCAUCAACGAUCUUCAUGCUCUCAAAAAGACUUACGCCAACAAGGAUCUCGUGAGGAAAAUCCUGCGGAGUCUCACACCCGAAUGGAGGUCAAAAGCCGAUGCAAUCUAUGAAUCCAUUGGAGUUUCAAAUGUCACCAUCGACGGGCUAAGAGCAACCAAGGAGACUGUGGAAGAAGUUUCAAGCGAUGACGACAACGAAUUUGGACUCGUCAUCAAGAAGUUCCACAAGUUCAUGAAGAAGGAAUUUGAGCGGAAGGGAAGGAAGCACGACGGUCCUCCCAAGUGCUAUGGCUGUGGCGAGAUUGGUCACAUCAAGCCAAGGUGUCCAAAAGCCAAACACGACAAGGACAAGCCCGGCUUCAAGAAGCAAAGGGCUUACAUCUCUUGGGGUGGCGAUUCCGGCGACGAAUCAACCGACCUAGAGGAGGACGAAGCUGCAAAUCUCUGCCUCAUGGCGCACGAAGAUCAAAACGACAACGUCCAAGAGGUUUGUACCAUUUCUUCCGACUCCUAUACUUUUGAAGAAAUGCAAGAAGCACUUCAUGAACUUUAUGAGGAAUUUGUUAGCGCUUCUAAAACAAAUAAGUCUUUGAAGAAACGCAAAGAUAAGGGCAUGGCAGGAACCUCCGGGAAAUCAAAGUCCAAAUCCCGGGCGCCUACGACAUCCUCCGAGGAACGCCUUUACUACGACGACGGGUCAUACCUCUGGUUUGAUUCCGAGGAGGAACGCACCCGUUUCCUCACCUUCUUCUCUAAACGGGUUGUGGCUCCCCCGCGAAUCAUCCCGGAGCGCUACCCGGAGUUGCAGGGUUACGACGACCUAGACGCACAACUUCAUCAAGCCGGCCUUUGGCCGUUCGUCUCCCGGGCGUGGAAGGAGAUCAACCCGGCGCUGAUCCGGGCCUUCUACUCCAACCUCCGGCGUGAGGACGACGUCAUCUACAGCCUCGUCAAGUCCACGCCGAUUGAGCUCACUAUAGAGCAGCUUGGGCGUAUCGCCGGCCUUCCCUUCCAAGGCGACGAUGUCUCUCACUAUGGCGGAGAGGACUGGGUGCUCAACAACGUGGGCCUUAUCCUAAACGAGCUUGGCAUCACCGAGCUCAUACGCCAUGCCUCGGGCCGCCCCACCAUCCACUCCGCUAACCCCGAAGGCCGUCUCGUUCUCUACAUCGUGUCCCGGAUCAUCAAACCCCGGAAGCACGGCCACACAAUCAUGUCCGGAGAGGACCUCAAGCUCGUCCACGCGAUCAUGCACUCGGCCCCAAUCAAUUGGGCGAAGUUUGUCAUGAUCAACAUGACGAUCGCCGCGUCCACCGAACACGAUCACCUCCUCCCGUACCCGUUUUUGGUGAUGGACAUCCUUGAACGGUUCAAGGUAACCACCACCGUUGGCCCGCUCACGAAGGCCACGAAGCUUUGGACGAUAAGCGCCCAAACCUUCACCAAGCGGUCGGACAACGCCGCGCGUGCCACUGCUGCGCCACGCCGCACUGCCCCUGCCGCUGGCCCAGCCGAACCCCAGGCCCGGGCCAACCUCGCCUCCAUCGCCGACUCCCUCAACCGGCUGCACUUCAAAGUUGACGGGAUGGAUGGCUACCUUGAGAGGCUUGACGAGGCGGUCCAACGCCAAGGGUACGCCAUGAACGCGUACUUCCAACGCCAAGAUCCUCCCCAUCCGAACGACGGCAACGACCCCCUCGUGGCAAUGGUGAACCAAGCAUGGUACCAUAAUAACUAUCUCACCAUCAACAUCAUCCUCGAGGGGUUGGUCGAGACGUUGUACCCCGUCUACGCCGGUGCAAAGCUUGCCAAGGAGCUUUGGAGCAGCUUGAACAAGAAGUAUCAAGCUGAAGAUACCGGCACGAAGAAGUUCAUUGUCGGGAAGAUGCUGGACUACAAGAUGGUCGACAGCAAAUCUGUUGUCGCCCAGGCUGAAGAGCUUACGGCAAUAGAUUCCUCAAGAUAUAGAUUUUUGUUUAACAAGGAGCUCAAGAAUAGUGACGUUGGCCCUCUAAGGAGAAUUGUCAUUCCAAAGAAACCGGCAGAGGACUACCUCCCAAAACUUCUUAUAAAGGAAGGGUUUCCGAUCACAAUGGUGGACAUGGACGGACUGCACAUUUGGAACUUCAAAUUCAGGUAUUGGCCAAACAACAGUAGUCGCAUGUACGUGCUCGAAAAUACAGGUGGAUUCGUGCAUGAGCAUAGUUUGGGUCAUGGAGACUUCAUUGCUUUUUACAUUGACGACCACAAAAACAACUAUGUCAUUGAAGCAAGGAAAUCAGGGGAACAAGAAACAUGCAGAUCUGCAGGUGUUUUAACAGAUGAUUAUAGAUGCCAUGAUGAUGGUGAUGUUGCAGUUGCAGUACAAAGUGGAGCCGAACUGGCUGAUCAAAAAUCAUCACACUAUUAUCCGCAAAGCUUCCCAAGAGUGGACGAACCGGAAACAUCUUUCGUUUACGAUUCAACUAACUUCUCAAGUGAAGUGUCCCCCUUUGAUUUUCUUGGGAGCUCGAUGACUACCUACUCAAAUUUCGAUCCAUUGUCAAGCUUCGGAUCCAUCGAGAGCUUAUCCGUUGAUGAUUUCUACUCAGCUCUGACAAAGUGACUCUAGUACCAGAAGUAAUUUAUAGAGUUACUCCUUAACACUUUUUGCAGCAUGAAGUGCAAUAUAUAUAUGCCACCUAGAACUAUGUGGUAGUAUGACAAAAUGCCUAGGACUCCGGUAGCAUGUUUGUAACUUCUCUUUUUUUGGCUGUUUUUUACUACUUUGGGGGUCAAACAUGAAGCAGGUUCGACUCUGAGUUGGAACUUUUUUGAAACUUAAUUACCUGCUAGUAUAUACAAUACAAUCUGUAUUGUUGA